UUUCUAAAAAGUCUGCUCAAAUAUCUGACCGCCGAUACUGAAUUCGAAAAGCUGAAAAAGGCUAUGCCUCAAGAUGAAAUGGAUCAGAUGAGCGAAGCUUCACUGUCUACUAUUCGCCAAGUAAGUAUACAAAUAGGCUCAACCUUACCUAGUUUCAUUUUAACCAUUUAUAUAUGGAGUCUUUCUCUUGCCUUUCGUUUCAAUAUUCCAUUAUUUUGCAGUUAUUAUAAAGGGAAAUCCUAGUGAUGAAGAUUUAGCCAUGCUAAUCUCAGGAGAAAUAUUUAAUGAGUUUUCAGUGGUCUUCUACUUUAUUCUAACUUACUACCCAAACUAUAAAGAAAUUAUUUGUACUCGAGUGAUGUGGCUGGAUCUUGAUUCAUUCUUUUUGAUUCAAAUCGCAGCAUGCGACUCACCAUCACUGCUACACAGCUUCUUACUUCUGCUACUUUUUCUACUGAGCAAUAUGUCUUCCAGCAAGAAGAGUGAUGAACAACAUGAUCUUUACAUUAGGAGUUGGGGGCAUGCUUGUCAUGCUCUCAGAACCUGAGAAACUAGAUAAAAACAACCUGAUAGCUUCUGCAAUCACAAUCAUUUAUUUCUACUAUGGGUCAAAAGUGGUGCAUUUCCGUUGCAAGAAAAUGUACUCGAUCAUUCUGAACAACAAGAUGAUGGUCGAAGAAAAAGAAGUAUUUUCAAAGUGUUUCUUCAUUCUGUGUUGGUCCUUCCAAAAGACCUCAAGCAUGGCUCUGACUGAUACUCUAACAAUGAGUCCACCAGGAAAAUAAACCAGCUGGACAGUGAGGUCCAGAGACUCAAAAAGUUCAAAUUUCUGUGGAAAAUAAGAAAGGUAUGAAGGAAAUUCAAACACAAUCUCUAAGUCUACUGAAGUACCUUAAAACAAGACAGAAAACUCUUGAAGGUCAGAGAGAGCCACACAAGCAAGAUAUUGUUAUCGAGUAUCCAAGAGCCAACUCUCGAAGUCUUGAAGAGCUCAAAGAAAUUAGCAAAGAAGAAGAUUCUUCAGACUCAAUGCACGAAUUUUAGUAUCAAGUCUCUGGAAAUUGAACGGAAAGGCCGACCUUUAUUCUUACAUGUCUUCAUUGAUACAACAGAUAUCAUCAAAUUAGAAGAAGUCAAGAACAGAAUCAAGAUGCAAAGAGUGAUGUUUGCGAGUUCGAGCCAUGAGUUCAGAACUCCACUCAACGCGAUUAUGAACUCUUUUAAUUUCAUUGGUAUGAGUUUUGGCCACUCGGAAAGCUUCAUUGAAAAUCACAUUUCUUUACAAGAACUACAUGGUGCAAACAUCAUCGAACACAUUGAUGGUAUUAAAAGGUUUUUGAGAACUGGAAACAUAUCAUCCAAAUUACUUCUGGUUCUAGUAGAAGACAUCUUGAACUUAUCUAGAAUUGACAAUGGUACUUUCACUCUCACUCAUGAAGAUUUAACAUCCCAGAACUUCUGAAAGAGGUUCAAUCUCUCUUUAUCAUUCAGUGAACCAACUAGAAUAUUUACCUAUAUAUUGACUGCCAUUGAAGCCUUCACAGGCGCAAAGUGAACUCAGACAGAAACAGGAUCAGACAGGUAUUGCUUAAUUUGGUAUCUAAUUCUCUCAAGUUCACUUUUGAAAGAUCAAUCUCAAUAAUGGUCGACUUCACCAGAGAACUUGAUGGUUCUCAGCUGCUUGAGUUUAGAGUCAAAGACACUGGCUCUGGAAUCAAACAAGAAAACCAAAGCAAACUGUUCAGACUCUUUGGAAUGCUCGAAGAUACAAAUAAAGUCAACCCAAAUGGAUGUGGGCUUGGACUCACAGUCAGUAAGAAGUAUGUAGAAUUACUUGGAAGAUCUAUCACUGUUGAUUCAGUUUAUGGGGAAUGCACAGAAUGGUCUUCACCAUCGCACCUAGAGAAAUCAAGCAAACUCAAGAAAACAAUCAGCUACAUCUUCUAAAUGUGUCUCAGGCUGAUCUAAGAGCGGCACCAAUCCUGCAUUACUCUGACUACAGAGUCAACGAGGAGCAUACCAUCGGGAAG